AUGGCCAUUACAGCGUUAUGGAUCGGCCUUCUACAAACUUCUGUGGUUCCACGCAGUUAUACUUGGCUGCUACCUAUAUAUUUUGUUGUGUCUUUAGGAUGUUACGGUCUAUUAAUGGUAGGAGUGGGCCUGAUGAAUUUUCCAACCUGUCCUCAAGAAGCUGUAUUGUUGCAGAAGGAAUCCAGUAGAGCUAAUCUUUAUGGCCUGAUUAUAGUAGACUGGUUCAGGAUUCAUGGUGUGGCAAAAUUGAAGCCAUUGUGCCUUGUUAGAAUUCAGAUAUGGUCUGCCGAUUGUCAUGUCACCAAAGAAUAUUUAGCUGCUGACAGUUACCCGAUUGGGACUUUGAGAACAUCGGAAAGUGAUAUUGAACUAGCUCACCCAUUAGGCCCCAUGCCAAUCUUCCCUUUCUAUGCAUUGUUGAUGCCAUCAACGAAUGUCACCCCGAAGUUUUGCCUUCGGAUUCUUCUCUUCCUUUUGUUGUCCCUACCUAGUGGUCUCCCGCACAAUGUCAUGCUCAAUUUUAACCCGUGGUCAAUGAGCUUCGACACCAUGGCUCUCACUUUGCUAUACGCCAUGGAAAUAACUUAG